CGUCGUAAUACCGAAAUGCCAGAAGCGGGAAAAGGCGGCACGAACAACUGUCGUCUGCUAACUGUUCUCUUUGUCGUCUGCUAAUGGAGUUUGAUUUGUUCUGACCGGCGUCUCUACAGUUUUCUGAGGCCGUCUGUGAUGUGUUUGUGAAUUUGAAAGUGUUUUUUUGCGCACGGAUACAGUAUUUCUGUGAGCGCACAGAAGCUUUUGGAAAGUACGUUUGCUUCGUUUGGACGCCGGGUGUUUCGAGUCACAAGGACGAAUACGGUGCCUCCGAAAGCCCGCGCUUCAACUGUGAAAAAUGGCUAAAGACCGGGGCUACCCAGGACGGCCGCCGUACUCGGGUCUCCAGCACCCUCACUACCCGCACCCCCUACACCAUCAUCCGGCUUACCAUCCUUCCCAUCCUCACUACCAAACAACUCCGAAAGGCGCGUACAACAGUGCCUACGCUGCAGCACAGACAGCCCAUCAAUUCGACGGCAGCAGCUCUGCGAGCAGUAGUGUCCACAGCGGCGGCCUGGGGACGGCACACGCCGGGAGCGGUGCCUCGGCUGCCCUCGUGUCAGGAGGGGCCAGAAAGGGCGGAAGGAUACCACACGGGAAUAAUACCACGGCUUCAAAUAGUGGCAGCAGCAGUAAAGCAAGAACAAGAAGGAUGCGUUGUCUUAUCUCGCUAGGAUUGAUACUGCCUGCGCUGGCGGGAGUCAUCGGUGUGGUUGCAUGGGCUGUGAGCGCAGAGACAGUCAUGGCAACGGCUCCCCGGGAAAAUGCCGAUCCCACGGCGCGAAUUCAGGACCGAACGCUGUACGACGACAGAUACGACCUGAACGACUUCUCCGGUCUCCCUCCCGUGAAGGCCAUACCUCCACCAGAUGUCCCAUCCGAUGAUAACAGGGGCGGCGAAGACGCCAUCAACUCCUUGCCCAUCCUUCCUGCCCAGAUCCCCCAAGGGUCCAUCAUCGAAGCCUCAGGGGGCGGGCCGGGAGAAAAGCCCGUCUACGUCGUUCACUUUGUCGUCGGGGAUAAAGACAAGAACAACGCCGUGCAAGACACUACCACGACAACCAGCACCACGAUGAGCACGACGUCACGCGCCACAUCGGCUAAAGUCACGUCCACCACCUCUACCGCAAUGCCGUCGACACCGAGAUCUACGACGCCGAAGCCGACGAAAUCGACGACCGCAGCGCCUUCGACGUCAACGCUGGACCCCCAUUCCCCGGAGUUUGCGGACAUGUUGAACCGUAUCCUGAGCAGUGCAUCUAAGGACGGCAGCGGCAGGACACCCCAGUUCGUGGUGUUCGCCCCGCUACCGGACGCUAAGAAAGACGCACGUGGAGGGUUCCAUAAGGACGCUCGCUAUGAACCGUCGCUGCCACCGAAGCAGAGCUUCUUGGAACGUCCCGUCCCUCCUGAUCCUCCCUCUUCCUCUGCCAUGCACCACCACUCGGAGGCCGCCAUGCCACGGCUUCCCAUCCGACCGAGGGACGAAUACGAGACACCUCACCACCACUAUCAUCCCUCCUACCUUCCUCCUCAACAGGUGCUCACCAGGAGAAAUGGAAGUAACCCCAACCCCUUCUUGCCGCCUCCGCCACCGUCGCCUUUCCAGCCGAACGCAAACUCCGUCCAGCCACACGUGGCCGAGCCCCCUCAACCUGGCUUCCAAUCGGUCGGCGGGUACAGCGCCAGCUACAACCCUCCCCCACCAAACAGCGACUCGCAUCCACCUUACAACCCACCUCCCCCACCCAGCAGCAAUCCCUAUCACCCUCCCCACCGCUACGGCUCUCGUCACUACGACCCGGUGGACGCUCAACGAGGCCUACUUCACCCAUCGUCCGAAAGCGCCGCCUAUCCGACGAAAGAUCGAUCUGGUUACGAGAUUAACGCGGGUGACUCCCAUUCGAGCCACGGGGGACACGGCAAAGGGAUCACCUUUACUAUCGGAGGUGGCGGCGGCGAUCAUGGCGACCACGGCAGCCACGGUUACGGAGUCAGCCCGAUGGGGGUGAUCAAGAACUUGUUCUUACCCUUCUUACCGAAGCCGAAAGUAAACCUGAACGGCAGGGUUGUGUUCGGGGUAGUGCUUGAGAAGGGGGUCGGUUUGGGGCACAACCAGCACCAGCACGGUCACCACCACCAUGCUGUGGCGUAUCACCACUGACAAGAUAAUGGCGUGUGAAGGAUCAGGGUACGCGUAGGUAUUUUACGUUGAAUUUGAAAAGAAAGAAAGUGGUACACUCGCUGUCAAGUGCAGAGGUGAAAGUACCUUUGAGAGGACAUCGGGUCCUCUGUAGCUUCGCGCUUUUUAUAGUGUAUAAGUUAGUGUACAGGUCAGGAAACCGUUUCUUUUUCUUUUUCUUUUUUUUCAAAUCAAGCAAGGCAUAUCGUAUCGUGAAGAUCCUAUAUUUGGCAUCGUGGAGUGUGACGGGCCGGGGUACUCCAUAGGGUGUUCCCUUCGGGACGCAGUGCAGACGGGAACAUUCGGCACCGCCUAUUUGUGUAAGUCGUGAGAGGCAUAGCUAGAACGCACAAGGCCGUGUUAUAGAAAAACUGGGCACUGGGGUACCAAAUUUACCCACAGGACUAACAAAGGGUACUUUCGUAUUGUGUAUGUAAAUAUAUGUAUUUUAUCGCAUGUUGUGCGAGAGUGUUCCACGUGACUGUGGGUAGGCGUACCUACAAAAUUUACCAAUGUUCCCCUGUGUUCUGAUGUCACUUAGUGGGCGUUACCAUCACGAGAAGGAGGAAGGGACGGUGAAAGAUUAUAUACCGUAAUGGUCACCUGGUAUGAGGUACCACUUGGAGAGGUACGUGAGAAAGUCUAGGGAGAGCUCGUUGCUGGGAAUGCUGAAAGCACCAUCGAAGGUUGGGAGGAGGAAAGCUGAGGAGAUCGAGAUUGCUAAGCACUGCCGUUAGAAAGGACAGAGAGGCCAUACACUAGAAAAGAAGGAACCGGAAGUACGUCAUCAUAUCACACCCAAUCUUUACAAUUUGCACGACGACUACAUCCCAUUCAAAAAAGUUUUUGUUUGUUUUUUUGUUUGAGUGCUAUUUUUGUGCCCGUUUACGUAUAGUACAAGCGUACCGUACCCUUCCGCCGUUUCCGGCAGUCGUGUGCCCGGAAAUGACGUCAUGGUGGUGGCGACAACACGCUGGUGUCGAGCUUAUGCGCCGUGGUAUGCGUCAAGAGCGCCGAACGUUUUCUCAAGCUAACGCCCCCUUCUAAACUCAACCCCGUAACCCCCUUCUCGAGUGAAAUGGUUUGAAUGCUUGGUGGUUGAAAUGCACUGACGUCGGAGCUGAGUGGCCAUAAUAGCGCACGCUGUGAGUGGGAAUGGCUUCAGUGCAUUUUGGCGCGCUUUUUUUAAAAGCUUCGUUUGCGAGAACUUCGACAGCGAAAUCACGAUAUAUAACGAGAAAUAAAAUUUUGCACGAAAAUAUUUGCGUGCAAGUCAUGUCACUAGCAAAGCGUUUUCCCCGCAUUUAACGCCGAUUUUGUUUGGUCCCUUAAAUGUAAAUUACAAAUUAAAAUUUUGCACGUUUAAAAAUCGUUAAAUCGUGAUUUCGCCGUUACAUUGUAGCAAAGCUAUGUGCAAGCUGGCGGGUAAUAUACUGUACAUGCGCAUGACUAUGUCAAAGCAUAGAUAAACAGAGCUUGAAAUGUAAAGCGAAACGCUUUUUUAAGACGCCAGAAUUUUCUUGGAAUAAAAAAAAAAAAAUCCCACACUAGCUAAGAAUUCCAUCUCGUCCACGCACAGUUACAUGCUACACAAUGGCAACAUGGCGAUUCAGUAGUAUUUUGAUUAUUUGAAUUAUUUGGCGAGGAUUGAGUGAAGCCGUCUUUAAAAUAUUGCGCUGUUUGAUAUCAUUAUCGCGAGUUUUUGACUUUUUUCCUGCUUUCCUGUUUUUAUUCAUAUAUUUCCAUUUAGUCAAAUAAAAAUUUUAUCCAGAAUGUUAGCACAAAGCUUUUUUUUUUCAUAUUCAUACGCAAAUGUCUUCUAAAUUUGACAUGUCAUAAAAAUGCGGAUGGCGUUGUAUCGUUUUUUUAGCAAUACAUUCUUAAAUAAAUACAAACAAAUGUGGAAGUAUAAAUAAAUAUGCUAUAGAAAACAUACAGAACGGUAUUUCAGGGCAUGCGAUUUUUUAUCAAUAACUUCAAUUAUUUUUUGGUUGGUAAAUAACAAUUAUUUCAAUUCAUUUUUAUUAAUUAUUUGUUGUUGUUCAAUUAUUUUGUAUGAAUGGCUUCAGUUAGUUCUCGCACCGUGAAGCGGACCAAGCGAAAUCGGCGUUAGAUGCGAGGAACAAGUAAAAAAAAAUAAAAAUCGAAGAUGACGAUUAAAUCUGCCACCGUGCACGCUGCGCACAUCGUGACUGAGAGACGCAAUGAAAAUUUUCUAAAAACUCAGUAAGAAGAUACUACUGAUCGCCAUUUUGAUCAUAUAUCAUAUCGACAUUUCAUCGAGGUAUCUAAAACAACGACGAUUAUGGUAAAAGGUAACGCAUACGAUGCGCAUUAUGUAGACCUUUUUGGGUAAAUGUUGUCCAUAACUUCAGUGACAACGAAAUAUAUUUAUAUCCCAUUCUUAUCAAUUGACCAUUUAUCACCUAAUCAGCAGUUUGCAGUUGAUAUUCUGCACAGCUCGAAAAUAAAAUUAUUGUAAAAAUUCCUCAUAGUAAACUCGCCUGGAUUGUAAACUCAUUAGUCAGCAUUCGCGUGAUGUAUGACAAGAUAAAAAGAUGACUAAUACAAAGAGCCAUAGCGUUCGUUCGAAAGCAGCAACUACUUGAACUAUAAUGUAUAAACGUGUAUCAUAGUUCUCGUUAGUAGUCUCUUAGCUUAUUUACGGCAUAGUUCACAACUCUAAUUGCACGAUCAUUGAUUCUGUGUUACUUGCUUUCUCUUUAUAACGAUGUUGUUCUAUGAUACUGGCGUGCACAUCCUUUCUGGUUCCUCUUGUGUCUUUACAGCAUUGAAAUGUCGUCGUUUGAAUUUCCUUGUACAGUAAAUAUGAAACAGUGUCGCUUUUUUGUGUGCAUGUGCAUAUAUGUAUAUGGCUAUUUUGUAAAAACGAUACGUUUA